GUAUUUUGGCAGGGAUUUAAAAACCAAAGGUUAUGAAGGGGACCCACCAUUGUAGAAGUAACUAGGAUUUUUAAACUGAGAGACUGAGUUGGUAAAGGUGUUAAGGCCUCUUCCUGAGACUGAUUGUGCAAAGGCCAGGUUUGGUGGAGUCCAGUGAAGCUCACUGAUGCAGGGAAGUAAGGAACAGAUGGAUGACCAUGAGCUUUUGACAGAUUUUUCAUUCUUGGCAUCUGAACAGCCUUAAAUUGGAAUGUGAGAAACUGGCAAGUGAAAAGACAGAAAUGCAGAGGCAUUAUGUGAUGUAUUAUGAAAUGUCAUAUGGAUUAAACAUUGAAAUGCAUAAACAGACUGAAAUCGCCAAGAGAUUGAAUACGAUUUGUGCACAAGUCAUCCCCUUUCUGUCUCAGGAACAUCAACAACAGGUGGCUCAGGCUGUCGAACGUGCCAAGCAGGUGACCAUGGCAGAGUUGAAUGCCAUCAUCGGGGUACGUGGCCUACCAGGUCUACCUCCUACACAGCAGCAGUUGCAAGCUCAGCAUCUCUCUCAUGGCCAUGGACCCCCGGUACCCCUCACGCCUCACCCUUCGGGACUUCAGCCUCCUGGGAUCCCACCUCUUGGGGGCAGUGCCGGCCUUCUUGCGCUGUCGAGUGCUCUGAGUGGGCAGUCUCACUUGGCAAUAAAAGAUGACAAGAAGCACCACGAUGCAGAGCACCACAGAGACAGAGAGCCGGGCACAAGUAAUGCCCUCCUGGUCCCAGACAGUCUUAGAGGCACAGAUAAACGCAGAAACGGGCCUGAAUUUUCCAACGACAUAAAGAAAAGGAAAGUGGAUGAUAAGGACUCCAGCCAUUAUGACAGUGAUGGUGACAAAAGUGAUGACAAUUUAGUUGUGGAUGUGUCUAACGAGGACCCUUCGUCUCCACGGGCAAGCCCUGCCCAUUCACCCCGGGAAAAUGGAAUCGACAAAAACCGCCUGCUGAAAAAAGAUGCUUCAAGUAGCCCAGCAUCCACGGCCUCAUCAGGAAGUUCCACUUCUUUGAAAUCCAAAGAAAUGAGCUUGCAUGAAAAAGCCAGCACGCCUGUUCUGAAAUCCAGCACACCGACGCCUCGGAGCGACAUGCCAACGCCGGGCACCAGCGCGACUCCAGGACUCCGUCCAGGCCUCGGCAAGCCUCCAACCAUGGACCCCCUUGUCAACCAAGCGGCAGCUGGUCUGAGGACGCCCCUGGCUGUGCCAGGCCCGUACCCCGCUCCCUUUGGAAUGGUCCCCCAUGCCGGCAUGAAUGGCGAGCUGACCAGCCCUGGCGCUGCUUAUGCCAGUUUGCACAACAUGUCUCCCCAGAUGAGCGCUGCCGCAGCCGCAGCUGCCGUGGUGGCCUAUGGGCGCUCUCCAAUGGUGGGGUUCGAUCCUCCCCCUCACAUGAGAGUACCUACCAUCCCUCCAAACCUGGCAGGAAUCCCUGGGGGAAAACCAGCGUACUCCUUCCACGUUACUGCAGACGGUCAGAUGCAGCCUGUCCCUUUCCCUCCCGACGCCCUCAUUGGACCCGGCAUCCCCCGACACGCUCGCCAGAUCAACACCCUCAACCACGGGGAGGUGGUGUGCGCGGUGACCAUCAGCAAUCCCACGAGACACGUGUACACGGGAGGGAAGGGCUGCGUCAAGGUCUGGGACAUCAGCCACCCUGGCAACAAGAGUCCUGUCUCGCAGCUCGACUGUCUGAAUAGAGAUAACUACAUCCGUUCCUGUAAAUUGCUUCCGGAUGGCUGCACUCUCAUAGUGGGCGGGGAAGCCAGUACCUUGUCCAUCUGGGACCUGGCGGCUCCCACCCCUCGCAUCAAGGCGGAGCUGACGUCCUCAGCCCCCGCCUGCUACGCCCUGGCCAUCAGCCCCGAUUCCAAGGUCUGCUUCUCCUGCUGCAGCGACGGCAACAUCGCCGUGUGGGACCUGCACAACCAGACGCUGGUGAGGCAAUUCCAGGGCCACACCGAUGGAGCCAGCUGUAUUGACAUUUCUAACGACGGCACCAAGCUCUGGACAGGCGGUUUGGACAACACAGUCCGGUCCUGGGACCUGCGCGAGGGGCGGCAGCUGCAACAGCACGACUUCACCUCACAGAUAUUCUCCCUUGGGUACUGCCCAACGGGGGAGUGGCUGGCCGUGGGCAUGGAGAGCAGCAAUGUGGAAGUUCUGCACGUGAACAAGCCUGACAAGUACCAGCUGCAUCUCCAUGAGAGCUGCGUGCUGUCCCUCAAAUUCGCUUAUUGUGGUAAAUGGUUUGUGAGUACUGGAAAAGACAACCUCCUCAAUGCUUGGCGGACUCCCUAUGGAGCCAGUAUAUUCCAGUCCAAAGAGUCCUCCUCAGUGCUUAGCUGUGACAUCUCUGUGGAUGACAAGUACAUAGUCACUGGCUCAGGAGACAAGAAAGCUACAGUCUAUGAAGUCAUCUACUGAAAACGUCAUGUGAUUUAACAUUUAUAGUUGAAUUGGGCCAAAAUGUUUUGAAUUUGUAGAAAUAGAAAAGUUGUAACUUUAAAAGGAAAAAAGAAAACAAAAACACACACACCAAGUCCUAUUUCCAAACCUUGACACAAAACUACUUUUGAGUCUACAAAGAGGAGGCCAUGAAUCCAUCCACAGAAGGUCAACAGACGGUCACCUAUCUACCUAGACCAAAAGGAGCACCAAGGCCAAGUGGACAGAGGGGCCAAAGGUUAUAGGAUCGAGGAACGGAAUCUGCUGACCCGCGUUUGAGCCCGUCCUUUCCUUUCUGGGUGAUCUGUCAAUCACGCCUUGCCCGAGUGCGAGAUUACCUUUCUGUUCCUUGCAGUUCACCUCACGUUCCGUCCUUUGUAGCGCAGUGGUGUCUCCAAUGAACUUGUUUCCUGGUUUUGCAUCUUGUGAAAUGUUUUUUUGUAUUUUUGUUGAAGGUUAAACAUUUGUAUAAAUUGUAAAUAUAUUUGGUUUAUUACAGUAAAGGCUUUAGUACCAAUAA